CCUCCCUCUAUCAAACUCCACAGUCCUGCCAAAGUCUACAGCUGUGUAACGGCCCUCUCUCCUCGUGUCCUCUCUUGACCAGCAGACAGCCAUCAUGUUUUACAGCCAGAGCAUCUCCAGCGGUCCCUCCAUCAUGAGACAGAGCCGCAGCUACACAUCAAGUGCUGCUCCCCACAAGGCUCACAGCGUGUCUGGGCUCAGCUUCAGGCAAGCCCCUCGCAUCUCUUCCUCCAGCGUUCGCAUGGUCUCCUCUGGGUAUGGAGGUGGCCUGGGGAUGGGAAUGGGUGGAGGCUUCGACCUGUCCAACGCCCUGGACCACAGCUCCGUGCACCUGAACGAGAAGGCCACCAUGCAGAACCUGAAUGACCGUCUGGCCUCCUACCUUGACAAGGUCCGCUCCCUGGAGGCGGCCAACGCCAAGCUGGAGUUGCAGAUCAAAGAGUACUACGAGAAGAAGGGACCCGCAGCAGAGAGGGACUACAGCAACUACUGGGCCAUUAUCAACGACCUGAAGGACAAGAUCCAUGCUGCCACCGUUGGAAAUGCCAACAUCCUGCUCCAGAUUGACAACUCCAAACUGGCUGCCGAUGACUUCAGAACUAAGUUCGAGCAUGAGCAGAUGAUGCGCCUGUCCGUCGAGGCUGACAUCGCCAACCUCCGCCGCCUGCUUGACCAGACCACGCUCACAAAGGCUGACCUGGAGAUGCAGAUCGAAGGCCUGCAGGAUGAGCUGGCCUACCUCAAGAAGAAUCACGCAGAGGAGCUGGCAGCAAUGCGUUCUCAGCUCACAGGCACAAUCAACGUGGAGGUGGACGCCGCACCUCAGCAAGACCUGAACAGAGUUCUUGAUGAGAUCCGCGCACAGUACGAAGCCAUCACUGACAAACACCGUCGCGACCAGGAGGCCUGGUUCAACGAGAAGUCGGCAACGCUGACCAAGGAGGUGCAGAUCAGCACAGAGACCAUCCAGACGUCCAAGACAGAGAUCAAUGACCUGCGGCGAACACUUCAGGGCCUGGAGAUUGAGCUGCAGUCUCAGCUCAGCAUGAAAGGGGCUCUGGAGAACACGUUAGCAGAGACAGAGGCUCGUUACAGCGCCAUGCUCAGCGGCUACCAGAACACAAUCAACAUGCUCGAGGCGGAGCUCAGCAACGUGCGCUCCAGCAUCGAGCAACAGGGCCAUGAGUACAGGAUGCUGCUGGACAUCAAGACAAGGCUGGAGCAGGAGAUCGCAACCUAUAGGCGCCUGCUGGAAACAGAGGAGUCCAGGCCACUCGUCACAGGAGGCUCAAAAACCACAGUCACAACCACCACUGUGCGCUCUUCCAGCUAAGAGGUCCAGCUGGCAGGACAAGCUGUUCUCAGACGCGCACACACAUUCACACACAUACUCUGACCGAUGAAACUGUUACAGGAGAUGAGCGAAACAGUACUGGAAAGACCUGAGAUAAGCUGAAAAUGAAACCUGUGUUAAAGCGAAAAGUAUUUGCAAUUCAAAAUAAGAAAUUCCUGAUGUACUGUGUGUGUUCGCGUGUGCGUGACCUGUCUGAAAAAUAAAACUGCUGGUGAAUGUAA